CCGGCCAAGUGAGGCGGUGAUGCGGACGCUGGCGGCCCCGGCUGCGCGGAGAGCGGAGACACAGGCUCAAGAUGGCAGAUUCCGACUGAGGCUGGGGGGGCCGAGCUCGCGCGCCGCGUUCCCUUCUCCGUUGCCAUGAAUCGCGGACACCCCGGCCCCGAUGGCCCCCGUGUACGAAGGUAUGGCCUCACAUGUGCAAGUUUUCUCCCCUCACACCCUUCAAUCAAGUGCCUUCUGUAGCGUGAAGAAACUGAAAGUAGAGCCGAGUUCCAACUGGGACAUGACCGGGUACGGCUCCCACAGCAAAGUGUAUGGCCAGAACAAGAACGCGCCACCAUCCCAGCCAGCCGCCACGACCGUCAGCGCCUCCCUGCCCAUCCCAAACCCCAGCCUACCGUACGAGCAGACCAUCAUCUUCCCAGGAAGCACCGGGCACAUCGUCGUGACAUCAGCAGGUAGCACUUCCGUCACCGGGCCAGUCCUCGGCGGACCGCACAACCUCAUGCGUCGCAGCACUGUGAGCCUUCUUGAUACCUACCAAAAAUGCGGACUCAAGCGGAAGAGUGAGGAGAUCGAGAACACGAGCAGCGUGCAGAUCAUCGAAGAGCAUCCACCCAUGAUUCCGAAUAACGCGAGUGGGGCCACUGUAGCCACUGCCACCACCUCGACUGCCACUUCCAAAAACAGUGGCUCCAACAGCGAGGGGGAUUAUCAGCUGGUCCAGCAUGAGGUGCUGUGCUCCAUGACCAACACUUACGAGGUCUUAGAGUUCCUGGGCCGAGGGACGUUUGGGCAAGUGGUCAAGUGCUGGAAACGGGGCACCAAUGAGAUUGUGGCCAUCAAGAUCCUGAAGAACCACCCGUCAUACGCCCGCCAAGGUCAGAUCGAAGUGAGCAUCCUGGCCCGCCUGAGCACAGAGAGCGCCGACGACUUCAACUUCGUCCGUGCCUACGAGUGCUUCCAGCACAAGAAUCACACGUGCUUGGUCUUUGAGAUGCUGGAGCAGAACCUCUAUGACUUUCUGAAGCAGAACAAGUUCAGCCCCUUGCCCCUCAAAUACAUUCGCCCGGUCCUCCAGCAGGUUGCCACAGCCCUGAUGAAGCUAAAAAGCCUAGGUCUCAUCCAUGCGGACCUCAAACCAGAAAACAUCAUGCUGGUGGAUCCAUCUAGACAACCGUACAGAGUCAAGGUCAUCGACUUUGGUUCAGCCAGUCACGUGUCCAAGGCUGUGUGCUCCACCUACUUGCAGUCCAGGUAUUACAGGGCCCCUGAGAUCAUCCUUGGUUUACCAUUUUGUGAGGCAAUUGAUAUGUGGUCCCUGGGCUGCGUCAUUGCAGAGCUCUUCCUGGGCUGGCCGCUGUAUCCAGGAGCUUCAGAGUACGACCAGAUUCGGUAUAUUUCACAAACACAGGGUUUGCCAGCAGAAUAUUUAUUAAGCGCAGGAACAAAGACAACUAGGUUUUUCAACCGUGACACAGACUCGCCAUAUCCUCUGUGGAGGCUGAAGACACCAGAUGACCAUGAAGCAGAGACGGGGAUUAAGUCAAAAGAAGCAAGGAAGUACAUUUUCAACUGUUUAGAUGAUAUGGCCCAGGUGAACAUGACGACGGAUUUGGAAGGGAGUGACAUGUUGGUGGAAAAGGCGGACCGGCGGGAGUUCAUCGACCUGUUGAAGAAGAUGCUGACCAUAGACGCUGAUAAGAGAAUCACUCCGAUCGAGACCCUGAACCACCCCUUUGUCACCAUGACACACUUACUCGACUUUCCCCACAGCACACACGUCAAAUCAUGUUUCCAGAACAUGGAGAUUUGCAAGCGUCGGGUGAACAUGUACGACACGGUAAACCAGAGCAAAACCCCUUUCAUCACACACGUGGCCCCCAGCACAUCCACCAACCUGACCAUGACCUUCAACAACCAGCUGAACACCGUCCACAACCAGGCUCCCACCUCCACCAGUGCCACUCUUUCCUUAGCCAAUCCUGAAGUCUCCAUACUAAACUACCAAUCUGCACUCUACCAGCCCUCAGCGGCAUCCAUGGCUGCGGUGGCCCAGCGGAGCAUGCCCCUGCAGACGGGAGCGGCCCAGAUCUGUGCCCGGCCCGACCCCUUCCAGCAAGCGCUCAUCGUGUGUCCACCCGGCUUCCAAGGAUUGCAGGCCUCUCCCUCUAAGCAUGCUGGCUACUCUGUGAGAAUGGAAAACGCGGUUCCCAUCGUCACUCAAGCCCCAGGAGCUCAGCCUCUUCAGAUCCAACCAGGUCUGCUUGCCCAGCAGGCCUGGCCAAGUGGGACCCAGCAGAUCCUGCUUCCCCCGGCGUGGCAGCAGCUGACUGGGGUGGCCACGCACACGUCGGUGCAGCAUGCGACUGUGAUUCCCGAGACCAUGGCCGGCACCCAGCAGUUGGCGGACUGGAGGAACACGCAUGCUCACGGCAGCCAUUACAAUCCCAUCAUGCAGCAGCCGGCGCUAUUGACUGGUCAUGUGACCCUUCCAGCAGCUCAACCCUUAAAUGUGGGCGUGGCCCACGUGAUGCGGCAGCAACCUACCAGCACCACUUCCUCCCGGAAGAGUAAGCAGCACCAGUCCUCUGCGAGAAACGUCUCCACCUGUGAGGUGUCCUCCUCUCAGGCCGUCAGCUCCCCGCAGCGGUCCAAACGUGUCAAGGAGAACACGCCUCCGCGCUGCGCCCUGGUGCACAGCAGCCCGGCCUGCAGCUCCUCCGUCACGUGCGGCUGGGGCGACGGGGCCUCCAGCACCACCAGGGAGCGGCAGCGGCAGACGAUAGUCAUUCCUGACACCCCCAGCCCCACGGUCAGCGUCAUCACCAUCAGCAGCGACACGGAUGAAGAGGAGGAGCAGAAGCAUGCCCCCGCCAGCCCUGUGUCCAAGCAGAGAAAAAAUGUCAUCAGCUGUGUCACGGUCCACGACUCUCCCUACUCCGAUUCCUCUAGCAUCACCAGCCCCUACGCCGUGCAGCACCGCUCCGGGCACAGCGCCGCCACCUUCGACACCAAGGGGAACCUGGAGUCGCACUGCACCGGGAACCCCCGGACCAUCAUCGUGCCGCCCCUGAAAACCCAGGCCAGCGAGGCGCUGGUGGAGUGUGACAGCCUGGGGCCAGUCACCACCAGUCACCACUCGUCCUCCUACAAGUCCAAGUCCUCCAGCAACGUGACCUCCACCAGCGGUCUCUCUUCAGGGAGCUCAUCUGGAGCCACUGCCUACCGGCAGCAGCGACCUCUCAAUCUCAGCCAGGCUCAGCAGCACAUCACCGCAGAUCGCACGGGGAGCCACCGACGGCAGCAGGCCUACAUCACCCCCACGAUGGCCCAGGCGCCAUACUCCUUCCCACACAACAGCCCCAGCCACGGCACCGUGCACCCGCACCUGGCCGCCGCCGCCCACCUCCCCGCCCAGCCCCACCUCUACACCUACACGGCGCCCGCCGCCCUGGGCUCCACUGGCACCGUGGCCCACCUGGUGGCCUCCCAAGGCUCGGCGCGUCACACCGUGCAGCACGCCGCCUACCCAGCCAGCAUCGUCCACCAGGUCCCCGUGAGCAUGGGCCCCCGGGUCCUGCCUUCGCCCACCAUCCACCCGAGUCAGUAUCCAGCCCAGUUCGCCCACCAGACCUACAUCAGCGCCUCUCCAGCCUCCACCGUCUACACUGGAUACCCACUGAGCCCCGCCAAGGUCAACCAGUACCCUUACAUAUAAACACUGGAAGGGGAGGGGAGGGGAGGGAGGAUGGCCAGAGGGUAGGAGAGAAAGGAGGAGGGACGAGGGGGGAGCUGGGCUUUUUAUACUGAAGGUGCCGCACAGAAACAAUGCAAACGGGGCAGGGGAGGGGAGCAGGGGGCAGGGACGGGACACAAAUGAAACUUGAACUAGGAAGUAGGAGGACUGAGAGCGGAGAAGAGAACAUUUUAAAAAGGAAGGGAUUUAAGGAGGGGGGGAAAUCUAUGCUUUUUAUUUUAAAAAAGAAAAAGAAAAAAAAAGAAAACGUCAGUAACAAAAAACCACAGCUCACGAACCCAUUCUGCACCAGACUGGAAAGGAGAAGAAGAGAGCCACGGAAGAUUCCAGAAAUUGGGGGGGAGGGGGGCCGCCCAGUGUUUGAAGAACUUUAUGAAUUUUUCAAAGAUUAUUUUCGUAUGGCAGCAAGUGGUGUUUAAGAAUUUGCUGUCAGGGACACCUGAUACGAGUUUUAAUCUAUUGGAUUAAAAAUCCAAUAGAUUUUUAAUGAUUGAACGUAAGAAUUAGGGAUUUUUCCAGAACUCUAAAGGGUCAGCAACCGUCUAGAAAGGUCAGGCCGUGGCCGGAGGAGGCUGGUAUCUGGGGGCGGGUCCGGGGCUGGGGAAGCCCCGAUCUGGCCCACUUGCUGGGAGCAAUGGGGGCAGCCGGGCUGAAGGAGGACCCCUGGGAGAGGAGGGCGCGUUUUCUCUUUCUGAGCACUCUGGAUAAAUCCCUAAGCAAUGAUAUUCCUCAAAUGUCAUUAAUGAUUUUUUUUCUUUUCUGAAGAUUUCUUUUCUCUUUGAGUCCAUCCCUCGUCACGUAGCGUAGGGCCCGCGGCGUCGCCGGCACCCUGGUAGAUGUCGCAGUCUGCACCUGUCUGUGCUACUUUGUGUUCACCCCCAACGAUACCAAGAGACUAUUCCUCAAUGUAAUUGCACAAGAAGAGCGAUCUCACCUAGGCACGUGACCCGCGCCGUGGUCCAGGUGCACGCGCGGGUGCCCGCGGUGCCGCGCUCCUGUCCCCGGCACCGCCGCCGGCUCUCGCAGACUUGGUUUUACAUCUUUCCCUCCUAGUGCCUUAGCGACCGGGGACGCGGUUGAGGGUUUACUUCCACGGUACUCCAAGAAGCCGGCUGAGGCGAGUCACAUCAUCUCAGCCCUUCUUCUGUGCUGUUGCAACAUUUUACUCUGGUCUUUCCUCUUUUUUUUUUGUUUGUUUGUUUGUUUGUUUAAUUUCUAUUUUAUUUUAAUAUCUGUUGUCUUUCCUGGACUGUUUGCUAGCAGAGGGGUGUCAGGCAGCUGGCAGGGGCUAGGUGAGCCCGUGGAUCUGGAGAGAGAUGUGCGAGAUGGAUGGUGGUGGGUGAAUCUGACGAUGGUGAUGGCUUUGGAUGACUUUUACUUUGGAGACAGAGCAAGAGAGACUCCCCACCCUGUACCCUCACCCAGUUCUGCCCCCAGGGUUGGGAGGGCAGGGGCUCUGCCAUUCAUUGGGACCGCAGGUCCCAUCUCUGUUUUAGGAAUGUUGGCCUUGCCGGGCAGCCGCCUUCAGCCUCCAGUCCUGGCACAGCCUCCCUGUUGCUGUCCGCGGGAUGGAGAGGAGGCCUGGUAGCGGGCCCAGCCCCGUGUUCUCAGACUCGCGCCCCUCCCCACCCUGCCCCGCUUCACUCGCGCAGCCCUGCCCCCUCUCCUCUGGUUCCACCAGCUGUGUUUUGCUCUCACCGUUUUGCCGGGUCCUUCCCCCUGUAGACAGCCAUCAGCCGUCGUUUGCUGCUGAAUCGUUCCUCGAGUUACCCAGGCCUACCCAAGGAACGCCUUCGUUUUUGGUUUUUGAGGAGUCUGGUGGGCAGAGGCUGGAGGGACAUUUAUGAGGGUAACCAUGUAGUCCUGUACUGCACUUUGGAAAACACUCCCAUGGGCAGUUCAGUUUCCAAGGAAAUUUGCCCUUUGCCCUCUUUGCACCUUUGAUACAUUCUGAAAUUUUUCUCAGGCUUUGAACACUGGUGGGGGUGAGGGCAGAGGGGUCACUCUGUCCAUAGCAAAUUAUUCUUGAAAUACGUGAAUGUUGGGAAACGCUGUCUGGUCAUCAGUGGGACUUGAAAGGGUGGUCCUAAUGGUUUGAUUCUUGAGGCCGCGUCCUUAACUGACCCCAAAGCCAAGUUUCCAGGGUGCAGAGAGAUGGCUCUCAGUUUCGGACAGAAGUCCGUCCUCACGCUCCCUCACUUUCUGUCCUCGUUCUGUGGUCUCCCUUUACGAUCGAUCUACUGUGAAAGGUGUUUUUAUCGUGAUAUCUGACCUAAUUCAGUAACGAAGCCAAGCCCUUACCUUAGCUCUUAGCUGUGAAAUGUGAAAUAACUCUGGAAAUUUCCCCUCUCCAAGCAUAAAUGCUACUUAUCCUACAAAGAAAUCGGUCCCCAGGUUGGAACCAGCCUAGUCCCAGCCUUAGGCCGGAAGGAAGGAAGGGCACCAUGUCCCACUCGAGGCAGGGCAGGCUCGGGCAGAGCCCCAGGUACCCAGCGGGCCCGCCGGGGAGCCAUUGGCAACAGGACAAGAUUCUGUCCUCGUGGUGCCACGAUCAAUACGUCUUUAUCCGGACAUGGGGAAGUGCCGUCGUUCUCAGACGACAGAAACAUGGUCUGUCCAGAGAGAGUGAGGGGAGGAAAGUCUUUGGAGGACAUGUGAGCCAGAGGGCUCCCAGAGCCGCGCCAGCCUGGGGAACCAUCUCUGUUCUGGACUCUUGGCAUCCGGAGGGCAGCAGUGCCCCGUCCGAUCUUCCCGCGCUCAGUUACAGAAGUCUUGGCUGCAAUGAGCCAGCAUUUUUGCCUUAUUGGGUAGCAUCCUGGACCCCCUUGUACAGUUCACUUCCAGCCCUUUCUAGAUCUGAUCUUUUAUAGGAAAAGACAACAUAGCCUUCCAUUUUAAAGAAAAUUAUUUUGUCUACUUAAGUUGGAAGUUGCUCUUUCACCUGAUAUUUUCUUUCCUUUUCUUCCAGAUCAGGAAUGAAAGUUUCGUGCUGCUCAUAAAGAUAUUAUUGUACUAAUUAUUUUGGUUAUUACCAUUGUAAUUAUUAUCGUAAUCAUCAUUUUGAUACUUUAGUUGGGGUUUUAAAAUGCACAUUUAUUCCAAGUUUCUUUGUGUUUUCUCUUUAAUAUUUAAAUUUAUUUUAUUACAUCUGUGAGUAUCUGAGUAAACAGGAGGGACAUGCAGAUGUCUAGUUUUGUCAGACCAAAAAACAAAAAGAAGGAAAGGAAAGAGCCAGGAAUUAGGAAAAUGUCAAGAAAUAUCCACCACAGAACAAAAGUUUGAAGAAUCAAAGCCUUUAUCUCUGUAUAGGUCAGAUUGGGCUCUGGACAACAUGGUCCAUGGUCACCAUCAAUGCUGUAUUCUUCUAGAUUCUCAGUGGCCUGAGAGGAGAUCUGAGGAGGCAUCUCAUGGGCUGAACCCUUAGCCGUGGUCCUCUCCCAUGUCCCCUGUGCUUCUGAAACCUGCUAAGUAGAUCCCGGGCAUGCCUCGUGUCUGAUACUGACCUGUCAAGCAAAAAAAAAAAAAAAACUCCCCUCUGCCCAGAGCUGACUCAGCCCCUUUCCCAAAUGUCCCCCCUUUUCCCAUCAGCACACCAGGAGUAUGGCUUACAUCCUUCAGUGCAGAGAUAACUGACCCCUCCUAGAAGCCACUGGAGGUAAACAAGCUGAUGGAAAGUGCUAGGCAGGUGGUACCUUCCCCUGGGAAACGUCAGCCUCCCUUCCUCUCACUAACCACACUGCCCACUUCUUCAGUGCCCCCCGAACCCCGGUACAUGUUCUCAGCACACAAUUGUAGGGACAAACUGUGGAGCCAAAAAAAAGGUGGAGGGUUAAUAGGAGGCCAGAGGAACACUGACAAAAGUCCAGCAGCUCCUUGGACAUUGCAGGCUGCUGCCCCCCUGAAAUAGUUGGCCGACGGAGGGGCACAGUGGGGCCUCGAGCCAGGCCCACGGGGCUCCGACUGUGCCCCUUAAGGCACGGUGCUGUGUGCCAUGGGGCUUUUUAAAUCAGCUUGAGGUGCCUACACGCGACCCACCAAACCCAGAAACUGCCGGGCCCCGGGUGGGUAAAGGAAGGUCUGGAAUGGCUGGCUUCACUGAAGCUAAUGAAGGGAGACACCAGGCCAUGCCCAGCCCAGAGCCGCUCAGCAAACAUUAGCGCCCUCCCCGAGUCGCUAUCUGCCUUCCUCUUCCAGCCGAGCACAGAGCUGUGGUUCCGAAGCCCCAGGAGACCCCAGUGGGAGAGGCCAGCCCCUGCGUGGGCUUCCUCAGCGUCUGCCCCGGCUCCCAUCCUGCCCUCCAACUCCGAGUCGCCCUGGCAAAUAGGAUGAAUAAAAGGCUGCCCGUCCCUAAGACCCAGCUCUCACGUAGAGGAAUGCAGACCUAGUCCUUAUUUAGAUCGCAAACAACUUAGAACAUCAUCUGCUCUGGAAUUGACUCCAUCUCUCUUUACUGAGGAAACGUGGUUAAGGCUAAAAGGGAAGGUUGAAAAGGACCGGGCAAGGAGAACCUCGUAACUGGAGCCUUAGGGACCGCAGGUCGAUUUGCUUCUGCUCGGUGGGGUCUCGCAGACCCCGCUGGGUAUUUGCACCCGUAUCUCUGCGCUUAGUGCCUCUUCCGUGAUGGUUUGGCUGUUUCCAAGGAGAGGGGUGAGCAGGCCGAUGGGUGCGAGAGUCUGAGGCUUGGUGCCAGUUAAUACUGCGAAGUGGAACAUGUGGUUGAUGGAGUGCAGAGGGAAGAGAAGGGUUGGGGUCAACCAGCGGUUGUCUCCUGGACUGUAUUUGCAUUCCAGCCUUACUGGCGGUGGGUGGCUGGCGGGCUGUGGGAGCCAGCUGGCCUUGUCCUCUUCACCCUGGAAGACUCAACCCGCCCAAACACCAGAUUGUGGGAUGUAAGGAAGGGAAGGUGAGAUCAGCCCAGCUGCUAACGGGCGGAUUUCCCUUGACCAGACCUUUGGUGUUGCAAACACUCAUUUUGGAACAAGCUUGCGGUGGAGGAUUUGGGUUGUGUGAAUGCGUGUGAGUGAGUGGAGCAAACUUUCUUGGAAACUGGAGGAAGGAGAUGAGGAGGCUUACGGAGCUAUUGCUGAUGGGCUGUGGUUGAUGAAACGCGGUGCGCCGACGGGCUCACCCCAGCUUUCCUCCCGGGUUCUCUGGCGCUGGGGCAGGGUAGGAUGUGGGGCUCUCGCUGGCCUGUUCAGCAGCUGCUGGGACAGAAAACAGACAGAAGAGGAAAGCGAGGUGCCCCCAAGCAGCAGGGAGGGCGCGGCAGAGAGGCCGGGGCUCCUUCCGCAGGUCGCGGGCCUCGCCGGGUGCCGCUCAACGCCAGCCCAAGCAAUUCUGCCAAGAAAUAUGCCAGCCAGGGCCAUGCAUGCUUCCCUCCCUUUUCUUCUCUGUCUUUUCCUUCUGGUGUGUCUUACAGAUUUCAGAUGGGGAAGCCUCAGAGUUGAGCAGGCCUGAGCUGUCCUAACCAAAUUGGAAAGGAAAGUGAAAGUCUUCCUUUCUUUAGCCAAAGAACCCUUCUCAAAGACACCCCAGAUAUGGACAGAGUGGCGUUCCUCUCCCGGCAAUAAUGACUUUGUCAGAGAUGCGAUCCCAUUUGUCUCCCUCUUUCGUCUCUAUCCUGACUUGGAAUUUUUUUUUUUUUUUUGCUUUUAUUUUAAAACUGUGCUCAUCUUGUAAGAGGAGUGGAGGUUCGUAACCCUAAAUGCUGCUGCUGUUGGGAAACUGGAGGCACCGCACGGAUCUGUGGGCUUAACUAACCUCACGUUACCUCGGGCAUCAGCCAGAGCAGACCUUCUGCCAGGAGGUGCGGCCGCAUCAGGGUCCGGUGCACACUGGGGCCGGACUCGGGGUGUCAGUGCUUUGCUGCCUUAGGACGCUCACUUCUGAUCUCCACAGACUGGACUCAGUGGAGAAGUGGAGACGGUGAAAUGACAUUUAAACGCAGUAGAAACCUUUUGGAGGCUUUCGGCGCCCUCGCUCACUAGAGCGACCCAACCUAGGAAAGGCUGCUCACAUCCUUCCUGCAGCUUCCAGAAGCCCAGGAGAGCCAGCUCCAAGCCAGUUCUUCCCGUGAGACCCAGUGAGAAUUUACAGAGAAGCGACCCUCCUGUGGGGCACGCUUGCUCUGGGUACCUCUACCAGCAGGGAGCUUCCUGGUGCCCCAGCUUGACUCCUGCAGGCCUUCGAGAGCCCCUAAUCACAGGCCCUUGCAUUAGAAUGCUACGUUGACUGUCUCUUCUUGGUAAAAACUUGUCACAUCCCUCCAGUGAAUAAGAGCCACCAUUUGCUGAGUGCUUUCAGUACUCCAGGCUCGUGCCAAGCCCUGUGUGAGCUCAUGGCGCCCUCAGAUCCACGCCAUUUACAACACCCCCUCCCCCAUUUACAGAGGAAGGAGUUGAUGAGACAGCUGACCCUCUAAGAAAGCAGCAUGCGUUAAAGGAAAGAAAAUACCAUGGUGGCCCCAAAUCCCCAAGUUUCUAGUGAAGUUUUUUGUUAAUCAGACCUUUACUAAAAUAUGAAUUGUUUCACUUCUUGAAUUAGCAUCAGUAAGUGGCCUCGUGUUUCUGAUGAACCAUCUAAUGAUGUUCCCAUUGAUUGUGUGCCAAACACUGUUCUGACAGUCGCUCACGUUUAUCCCAUGUCCUUCGGUCUUCAUAACGACCCUAUGAAAUCUGCAGUACUAGUCCCCUUACAGAUGAGGUAGCUGGCUUGGUGAGCUGGUAACCAGCCUAGGAUCACACAGCUAGUAGGGGAGCCUAGCCCUGAACCUGGGCCUGCCCAGCUCCAGAACCGAGCUCGCAGACACCAGCCUCGGCUGUCUUCUAGGUGUGUGAGCGAAGAAAGGUCUCGAAGGAACGUUGCCCCGUGCCACCCCUGCCCCAUGCCUGGAACUCAGCAGAAGGUCUGUGUGUAGAGAGAGUCCUGAAUUGGAUCCAAACAGCAGGGGCAGAAUUAGUUUGACUUUUAGAGAAAAUCUUAGGGGAGUUUCUUGAUUCAUAGUAGAGUUCAUUUUCUAUUCCUUUCCAGUGUACCAAUUAGCUUUAGUAGUGCUGCUACAACAAACUCUUAUAAGAGUGAAGGAAAAAAAAGUGUUCUUUUCUUUAAAAAAGAAAAUAAUUUUUUUUCUUGCUUAUAGUUAAUUCUAGAAAGGCAAUACUAAAGGUAUAUAUUUUUUUCAAAAUGCUAUUUUUUACUGCACUGAUAAAUAUGACAACUCUGGUCUCUGUAAUCGAUCCACUCUUCAGCUCUGGGUAGAACCAGAUGCGGGAUUCACACCAAAUUUGUAAAUACCGUAUGUGGGUCUGGUGUCCAGGAACUGUUUUCUUUGUGCUUAAAAAAAAAAAAAAAAAAAAAAAAAAAGAAGAAGAAGAAGGAGAAAGACAAGAUGACUUUCAGAAAGAGGAACAAAGUUUUCUUUCGAGAUAGUCUUCUCAAAGAAAUGGAAAGCAACAGUUGUGUAAACUGAGAAAAGCUAGCCAACUUUCAGGAGAUAAGGAAGGAGAGUCUCUUGCUGAGGCAUGAGAUUAAUAGUAACACAGAAGAUUUUUACUUUGCUUGAAAGGUGGCGAGAAUUUAGAAAUGCUUUAGGACUAGAUUUUUAAUUUUUUAGAAAACUAUCACCAUUUGUUAUGAAACAUCUCCUCAGUUGUUUGGGGUGGGGUUUUCGUUUCUUUUUUUACUUUAAAAACUACUUUAUUGACUGGCUCCAGGCAUGUUUGCCUAAAUUCUUAGGUAGUUUACACAAGUUCUAGAAUCUUCUAGAACUUAAAUUCCAUUGGAAGCAAACCCAGCUGAUCAGAAUUUGAGAUCCUGGUUGGUUUCAUUCAAUAGGUAUUCUGGAAUUCUGACAGAACACCUGAAGAUUUUUUUAAAGAAGGUUUUAGAUACAUUAUCUUACACAAACUGUGACCUGAUGGCAAUAAUUACCUCAAAUGUGGGCAUUCAUCCUGGUUAUAGCCUUUUUUGAAAUCAUGUAGCCAGCUCGAUCUUGGGAUUUAAAAGACUAUGAACUCUGUGUGGGCUGAAAAUAACGAUUAAUGCACACCCUGGUCAUUGUUGCUUAAGUGAACUCUGAAAAUAGGUAAUCUUUACAACAAAAAUGGAACCAAGGAAGAGAUUAUUCCUUGUGUUUUGUAAUCAAAUGUGAUUUUCAAAUGCACAUGUUAAGUAUAUAUGUUUUUAGCUACUGUAAAAUGCUGUUAGGCUUCUAAGAUAUCAAGAGAGUCACAUUUUAAAAUGCGUGAACUAAAUAAUUGACUGUGGAUACUUAAGCAUAUUUCUGGCUACGUUUUAUAGUUAAAGUGUUUUAUAGUUUACAUGUAAACUGGUACUUUUUAAAGAAAAUUUCUGUUUAUAACUGACAUCUUCAAACCCCAGCAAUUUCGCCUCUUUAGUUGGAGGCCACGUUCCCCCAAGGCACCCCAAGGCAGGUGUGUUCUACCCAUACUGUUGUGUAGCCUUCCAUAUUACUGGUUUCCAUGGGAACAUGAGAGAAUGUGAAAGGAUUUCCAGGUCGAGCAGGGAAGGGGUGAGUCCACAGCCUGGGCCAGAUGCGAAGAUCUCUUGCCACGUUGUAUCCACACUGGUCGUCAAGGCCUUCUCUUUGACAUCUUGGAAGAGGCAGAGAGAACAGAUACCUGGUUUGUUGAUUCUGUCUUGAUUUGAAUGUUUAAUUUAUUCAUCGGUCCACUGACUUCCAGUCACCGGGCAGUAGAAGACACUGGGAUUCAGGUGGCCCCGAAGGUACAGCUGCUAUUUCUGGGCCCCCAGCAAUAUUCUGAUUGGCGUUUUGCAGGGGAGAGUCAUACACCCCUGUGCCCAUACUUAUUGGUUGGGUUUUCCAUCUAUCUGCUGUCAUUUGUUCCUUUUCUCCUUUAAAACAAAAUAAGUGUAAAAGGUUGUGUUUCCUUUUCACUCUUUGUCAAACUUCGUUUUAAAGCCUAGGUCAUUAGGAGGUGGGAUCUAGAUUUUUUGCUAGAGAUUGUAAGUGCUGCUGAGUGGGGGAGGAGGGGACUGGGGACCGAGGGGCAAUGGGGGUGGGGGGGAGGAGCAGUGAGAUCCGUCCGAGUAGAGGUCAUAAUUGAGAGGGCCCAUCACCAUGAUGCAGGAGCCAGUUUCCCUAAGAGUUUUGGUUCAUUUCUUCUUUUCUCUUGUGCCACAACCUUGGUGCAGAGGACCUGCUGUGAUCUGAAGGGCAUUCCUUUAGCAGAUAACAUCUUGAAAACUGCUGAACACCUGGGACCAGGGAACGAACUGGUGGUUGUUUUUAAUGCAUUUGCUUUUCCGCUGUGAACUCUGUUGAUGGUAUGCUCUUACCACAGUUUUUGGUUAGAAAUGUCAUUGUAAAAUAUUUUUCAUCUUGCCCCUCCUAAUUAUCCUCUGCUUUCCUCUGUUUGGUUUUUUCCCUUUGAUUUAAUUAACCAAAUGAAUUUUAUGUCAUGGUCUUUGGGGCUUAAUCAUAUUUUUUAAAAAUAAAGGUAUAGAAAUUGGCUUUUUUUUUUUUUAUUUAAGUAACUACGCUGUAUCUGAAAAAGGACUCUGCCCUCGCUCUCUGGUUGCCUUUCAGCCAGCCUCCACACGAACAUCCUGGCACUCCCUCCCCCCUUCUUGUGUUGGGUCACUGUCCCUGUGGCCACCUUGGCCUCUGCCCUGCUGUCACCACAGCCCCGUGCCCAGGCACCCAGGACUCCCGGGAAGCUCUCAAGAGCCAGGAAGAAGGACCCACUUAGACUUGUGAGUGGUGGUCUUGCCUCCCUGUUAGAUGCUCGCCUGCUUGGUUGAAGGGGCAAUGGAUUUACUAUUAUUGUUAUUAUUGUUAUUAUUAUUAUUAUUAAUUAUUAUUUUAAUAGUUUGGCUCAGGAAGAACUUGGGAGAUGGAAAGUGACUUGACCACGCCCAUCCUUCGUAGCUUUCUGUGACUUAUGGAUGGAACCUAAAGUGUCCCCACCUCACCCCACCCUCCUCCCUUCCUGCAGAUAUUCCUGUUCGCCGCCACCGCGGCGCAUGGUUUCUCCCCACCGUCUCACUCCCCCUGUCACCUUUCACCCUUUCACUGUUGUGUUACUGCUCAUUUAAAGCUUUCUUCUGUGGCUUUCCCAGGGCACAAUCAUUUCUGGCCCCCAAAGCAUCUCCUCAUCCUCUUUCUGUGCGUUUUUUUUUAACCAAAUGAAGUAGACCAGGAAGUCAUACUUUGGGGCAGCAGAGUUUCCAGUCUAGUAGAAUCACUGUAUAGAUAUAGAUGCUGAUAUAUAUGUUUGUGUAUAUAUAUAUCAAACCAAAUUUCUGAUAGGAAAAGUAUAGCUUUACGGAUGAAGGGGGGAGAGGAGCUUUUAGAAGUCGGAGUCAGCGUUGGGUGGUGGAUGGGGGGAGCCCGGGGCGGCCCAGGCUGCACCUUCGCACGUGGCCUGAGGCCGGGCGCCGGGCCCCGGCCACCACCCUGCCACAGUGGAGGCAGGUGGCCCCAAAGGGGAGCCGCUGCUCUCUGGGUCCCUAGCGACAAGGGCAUAGAUGAGUGAGGGGGGCAGCACAUCAGAAUGACCGGAAUUUUCCAUCCUGUUUUGCUUUGACCACAUGUUAUUGAGCUGCAGCCUCUGAUAUUAUAUCAUGUUUCCAAAAAUGGUAUCCAUUAGGAUGGAAAGAGAACGGAUCUGUAGAAAUGUUUACCUUUCAACUGCCCACAAAUUCAGGACACCCUGGAUAGAAAGCCGCACUCCCCAGAAUGAGAGCAGGGAAGAGGAGGCCCGGUGAGGCUCGGUCACCGGUCCCAGGAACGCGGUUCCUCCCCAGGGCCAUCUCGCCCAGAUCUUUCUCUACCAGGUCAUCUCAGCUCAAUUACCCUAUGGAAGCCCUGGCCUGUUGUGUUCCUUCACUGUACGGUUUCUGUAAUAAAAAGUGUUAAUCCAUGUUAAUCUUUGUGAAAAUUAUUGCGUGCAACAGUAUUUUCUCGUGUACCUCUUUUUCCUAUGUGAAUUGUCCCUCUUUUCUUUUUUUAUUUAUAAAUGUCUACUUUUUUAAAAAGACAAACCAAUGUGUUGUAGGCCUAUAUGUAACCUAUCCCUUAGUCUCAUAUUAUAGGUAUAAGAAUGGAUAUUUUACUUGGCUUUAGAAUGUUUUACAAGAAAAAUAAUUCUUAACUGAUCAAGUCCUUGCUACUAAAAUGCUUGUGUUUUUCAUCAUGACGUCGUGUGCUUCUAAAUUAAUGAUCAUUUUCGUUGUAGAAAAAUGGAGUGAAUUUAUAUUAGUCUUGGAAACUAAUAAUAGCAUUGUAAAUUUAUGAGAUGAUUUUAACAGAAAAAAAUUAUAGAAGAAUAUAGUUAUUUUAAUUGUAAUAUUACUAACUGUAGGGUGAGAAAGGGGGGUCCCGUUGUGGUGAACUAUGUUAUAGCUUGUUACUUACAGUUUCUUUUUGAUCAUUUUUUCGGUCUCUGAGGUGAAACGAGUUAUUAAUUAAAAUUUGUAAACUCACAUAUGCAUAUUGUAUAUGUGUAGAAAUGUAAUCACACUUUGUCUUGGAAUUACAUUAAACUGUUUGGAAUCACUGUA